AGACCAAUAAGAUUCGUACAUUAUCUGCAUAGCUGUAACGUGCUCGUAGUAGAAGAUUAUUUGUAUUUGUACUAUAUUAAUUUAUGCUGUUUGUAAUGGAUUUUAAAACAAGUAUUAUACUGUUGGGACUUAUUUUAAGUUUAAAUCAUGUUUAUGGGCAAUACAGGAUGAAAAAUACUCCUGGCUCUUCAUUGUCAGACCGAGUACAGCAGUUAUCAGAAUUAGCUCUCACGAGACCUGUGAUUAAGUUCAAUGGGGCAAAAUUUAAAGAAUAUGUUAAAACUACACCAAGAAAUUAUUCUGUUGUUGUAAUGUUUACAGCUAUGGCACCUCAAAGACAAUGCCACAUAUGCAGGCAUGCAAACGAUGAAUUUGUAAUAGUAGCGAAUUCAUUCAGAUAUUUACAAUCUCAUUCAAAGAAGUUGUUCUUUGCGUCUGUAGAUUUUGAUGAAGGAUCUGAUGUUUUUCAAAUGAUGCGAUUAAAUACUGCACCAGUAUAUAUGCAUUUUCCACCAAAAGGCAAACCAAAACCUGCAGAUACUAUGGACAUUCAAAGAGUAGGAUUUGCAGCAGAAGCAAUUGCAAAGUGGAUAUCUGAACGUACUGAUAUUCAGAUUAGAGUACUUAGACCACCGAACUAUUCUGGCACAGUGGCAAUAAUAAUGUUGCUAGUACUUAUUGGAGGAUUUUUAUACCUGAGGCGUAACAAUUUAGAUUUCAUUUAUAAUAAAACAAUUUGGGGUCUUGGUGCAUUGUUCUUUACGCUUACAAUGAUAUCUGGACAAAUGUGGAAUCAUAUUAGAGGUCCACCUUUCAUACAUAGAUCACCCAGUGGAAACGUAGCUUACAUACAUGCUUCUUCUCAAGGCCAAUUUAUUUUAGAAACAUACAUUGUUAUGAUUUUGAAUGGAGCAGUGGUAUUGGGUAUGAUAUUAAUGACUGAAGCCGCUUCACGUAAAGGUGAUGUAAAAAAGCGACGAAUAUUCGCAGCAAUAGGCGCUGGAUUAGUCGCUAUCUUCUUUAGUUUGCUGUUAUCAAUAUUUAGGAACAAAGUACAGGGCUAUCCGUACAGCUUACUGUUCAAGUGAAAGAAUAAAUAAAUACACAAGAACUCAAUAUUUGUAUAUAUUGCAAAGAAAAUUUCGCACUUAUUUGUCAAUAUUAAAAAUUAGGAUACAAAUAAUAAAUAAAUACUUUAGCUUUAAUUAUUGUUAAAGUGUUGUAUUUUGAUCAUAAUUUACAUUUGUUUGUACGUAAUGUAAAAUAAAUUAAUAUUUAAAAUCUUA